AUGGAUUAUUGUGUGCAGGAGGGAUUUGCAAUCAAUGUCCUCUGGGCUGAUAAGACAAGGUAUACAGCCACCUGCUAUGCAGCAUGCUGUGUUUGGAGAAUUCAUAGCAGCAGACUGGCAGAUGGCAUUACAUGGGCUAUCAAAAAAAUUGAGCCAAAUGUGCACACAUGCGGGGGCUUAGAAACAUAUAAUCCCAUCUGCACUGUCAAGUGGGGAGCAAUGAAACUGUUGGAAGACAUAAGGGCCAAUCCAGACAUACCAGGAAAAGCUCUAAAUGAGCUGUUGUUUCAGAGAUAUGGUGUAUACAUGAGGAAGAGUUCAGUGUACAAUUUGAAGAAUUAUGCUGUUGAAAAGUUGUUUGGAGGAUAUGAUCAGUCAUAUGCAGACAUACCAGCCUAUAUCAAGAUAUUAUGUGAAACAAACCCUGAUUCCAAGGCUUAUUUUUCUUCUGUGGAGAGUGAGAGUCUUCCAAGACAGCUAUUAUUUGACAAAAUAUUUAUUUCAUUUACUGCUAUGUGGAAGGGCUUUCUAGCAGGUUGCAGGCCUCUUAUAGGUGUUGAUGGAACACAUUUGAAAGGAAAUUAUGGAGGCAUCCUCUUAUCAGCAGUUGCACUUGAUGCCAAUAAUGAGAUAUUCCCACUGGCUUAUGCAGUUGUCAGUGUUGAAGACAAAGAAAACUGGAGUUGGUUUUUUUGGAACUUGUAUAACCUGGUUAAAGAUUCAAGCAGAGGUGAUUGGACAAUAAUAUCUAACAAACAAAAGGGAAUUGAUCUUGCUUUAAUGGAUGUAUGGCCAACUGCAAAAAGAAGAUAUUGCUGCAGGCACAUUAGCAGGAACUACAAGAAGCAAUUUGCUGGCCCUUUAAUGUACAUUCUCUUCUGGAGAGCUUGUAAUGCCACCUCACAGUUCACCUCUAGAAAAGCUAUGGAAAAACUCAAGGAAUCUGGAGGUGAUAGUGUCAUGGCCUGGUUUGCAGAAUUAGGUGACUCAUCAACUUGGAGCAAGCACAGAUUUGAUCCAAAUGUGUGUAAUGACUCCAACACCUCAAAUUUUGUAGAGAGCUUCAACUCUACUCUUGGAAUUGAUAGGUGCAGGCCAAUAAUGAAGGCAUUGAAGAAUAUCAGCAAGGACACCAUCAGCUGCAAGGCCUAUAUGUCAAAGCCUGGAGAAUAUGAAAUUCAUGAGGGAAAAUCUCAUUUUCCCUUAUCUCUUAAUAAUAAGAUAUGCUCAUGUGGUGCUUGGCAGAUUUCAGAUAUACCUUGUAGGCAUGCCAUAAGAGCUAUGGUGCAUGCAAAAAUAGACCCUCACACUGUGGUUUUAGCUUGGUAUUCUGUGAGGACAUACAAACAGUCAUAUAGCCACCAUAUUAACCCUUUACCAGACAAGGAGCAGUGGCCUGCAUAUGCUGAUUUGCCUAUCAUCAUGCCACCAACACUAAAGAGGGGAGUAGGAAGACCUUGUAGAAACAGAAGAAGGGAAGAAGGAGAAGACAAAAAGGGCAAAAGGACUCAGACUGUGAAAUGCAAAAAAUGUGGAUGUCUUGGCCACAAUUCAAGGACUUGCAAGGGAGGUCUGACUGAAAAAGAAAAGAGAGCUGCAGGAGGUGAGCCAGUGCUGGUUAGGCAUCUCAAAGUCAGGGAUCAAUCCAAUGCUGCCAAAGCAGCCAAGGCAGCAGCUACAUCUCAGCCAACUGAAGUCAAUGAUUCCCAGUUUUCAUUAUCUCAAUCACAAUCUCAAGUCUAA